AUGGUGACAUCCAUAGUUAACGUUUACCUGCUAAGUGAAACAAAGAGGGGAACUAACUAAACUUCAGUUAGAUAAUUCAUGUCAGCUAUUUGAUACAAUGGACACUUCUGAGAAGAGAAAUGAACAAACGUCCCAGCAGGUAGAAGAGCAGAGUUUAUUUCCCACUGCUGUGUCAGAAGAGGAGCUGGAUGAAGCCCGGAGGAAAAACACCUUCAAGCAGCUUUUUGGCUCCAGUAAAAUCUUUCUGGCAGGAGAGAAACACCCUCAAAGACCAGACCUGCAGGGGAGCCUCAUCAUACAGAACAAGGCUGCACAGCAUUACACUGAGGGAAAAGAGGCAAUGGGAAAGUCCCAGUAUGAGAAGGCUGUGAUCUGCUUCUCCAAAGCCAUCGCACUGCAGCCAGAACAGACUCAGCUGUAUGUGAACCAGGGGGAGGCGUACCUGCAGCUGUGUGACUUCCAGUCAGCAGCAGCCUGUUAUAAACAGGCCUGGCUUCUGGAGCCUGAAGCCUUCAGCGCCCGCUUGGCCUUUAUCUACUACCUCCAGGGUCAGUGUUUGUUUGAUGGAGGCUCUUUCUUGGAGGCUCUGGAGGCCUUCAGCAAAGCUGCUGAGGUGAAGCCUGGCUGCAGGGCCUACGAGUAUAGAAGUCUGGCCUGUCUGUCAGCAGCAGGUCAGUACAGUGACUGUCUGAAGCUGGUGAACAACUGGAUGUUUGUAGACGGUCCCACGUCUGACCUUUUCGUCCUCAGAGCCCGACUGCACAGACAUCUCAACCAGGCGUCACGAUGUUACCAAGACGUGAAGUCGGCUCUGGCGUUGAACCCGACGUGUCCGGAGGCCGGAGCGCUGCUGCUGCAGCUGCAGGAGACCAGCGAAUGGGCCAGACAGAAGGCCGUGGACAGAUCUCUGAGCGGCCAGCUGCCUGAAGCCCUCUGUAUGAUCAACAUCGCUCUGGCCAACAGCCCGCAGGACGGACGCCUCUACCUGUUCAGAGGGAUUCUGUACCGGCGUCUGAAAGACUUCACAGCAGCCAUCGAGGAUCUGGUCCAGGCUGUCGAGCUAGACGAGGAGGUUGGUGAGGAGUCCAGAGGUCAGGUGGAGGCCACAGAUGAGGAGGAGUGCGGCUCCGUGCAGAAGGAGGCGCAGUUUCAGCUGGUUCUCACCUACAAUGAUUUUGCCGUUCAGUGCUUCAGCAGGGGCCUCUACGCUGAGGCGGUGCUGCUACUCAACAAAGGCAUUCAGGAGGAGAAGAGCCAGGCGGGCCUGUACCUGAACCGAGGAGACUGUUUCUUUAUGCAGGGGGAGUGGUGUUACGCUCUGGCUGACUACCGGCAGGCAGAGGAGAUGAUGAGACCUGAUGACCCGGCUGUCAGGCUCCGCCUCUCUGUCCUCUACAACACGCUGGGCUCCCUCUGCUUCCAGGAGGGGUGUUUCCAGGAGGCGGCUGACAGGUUUUCUCUGGCCAUCCAGUACAACCCAACAGUAGGUCACUACUAUGAGAGCAGAGCCAAGGCUUUCCGAAAGCUCCUGAACCUGGAGGGAGCCAGAUCGGACUUCAUCCGCACGCUGAUCCUGGAUCCCACCAACAAGGAGCUGCCUCCUAUGCUGAUGAGCCUGUUCCCCGGACGCAGCAUGUCAGAUGUUCUGUCCAGUCAAACAGGACAAGCAGUCAGAGCCCAGCUGACGGACACCAUCCAGGCCUGCAGCUCCUCGCCAGAUCAGCAAAGCGACACACUGAGUGAGAAGCUCCAAAUGAUGACUCUGACCAGUGACAACACAGCGAGCCAAUCAGAAGACUCAUCUGAAGCAGGGAAGGAGUUGAAGUUGAAUGUAAAUCAACAAGAGCUGCAGAUGAUGAUGAUGAAGAGCACUCUGCAGCAGACGAAUGAAGCGGUUCAAUCGCUUCUCCAUCAGCGUCCAGCUCUGCACCACACCGGCCCACCGCCUCCUUCUACACAGAGGAACCGCACCAAACCACCUGUAGACAUGAGAGGAAGUCAUACUGCAACAAGAGAUUUGGGGUGUUUGGAGUCCACAUCUAAGAAAUGAUGGUGGAAUUACUCACUGUGCUUUUUGCUUGCAUUUUUCAUUUUAAUUUCUCCUUGACUCAGACUUUAAAAUAAUCAAAGUAGACAGUUAGUGUUUAUAGCCGACUACCGUUUGUAGUUAAUGACUUAAAAUACACAAAACCACCAUUCUGCUCCUUCAACCUGAACUUAUGAUUUGAAGAUAGAACAGUAGAGAGAAAUCAUUCAGCACAAGAAAAAACACAACAAGACAGAACAGCAGUGACAGUAAUGACAGCACAACACUGUGGUAUGAUCCUUUAAUCAGGAUGUUAUUAUGUAGUCCGAUAGGUGGCAGCAGAGGCUCAAAUUUAGCUUGAUAACAUUACUCUUGAGUCCUCAACUGCUGUGCAACUAAAUGUUUGGGUUCUGGCUCUGCAACAGCUCUUCAUCUACAUUGUCCAGGUGAUCUAAUUUAUCUGAUUUGCUUAAUUGAGAAUAAUUCUGUGACAUGUAAACUGAGACGUAACCUCAAACAUGAAUGAGUGAGUUUUUUAAAACCACUGAUUCAAAUGUUUCUUUGGUCAAACUGUGUGUUGAACUGUGGAUCUUUUUUUAUGUUUUUCUCCAUGUCUUUAUGUCACUUUAUGUCAUUUUUCAAGUAGUUAUAUAGUAUGUAAAUGUUCAUAAACAUUCAUAAUAUUAAAUUAAAUUCCCGUCCAUCCCUGAA